CAGAAAGCGCAGGGAAGGCGAUGGGCGGAAGGCGCGCCUAUCGAGAAGCUGGGCGCCGGAAAAGGACGGGCCUAAGAUGGCGGCGCCCAUGGGUGCCAGGAGGAGCCGCUCAUGUCGGGGAACGGAGCGGUGUGGGGACGCGUGCGAGGCCGCCUCCGCGCCUUCCCCGAGCGCCUUGCGGCCUGUAGGGCCGAGGCCGCGGCUUAUGGCAGGUGUGUGCAGGCGUCCACGGCCCCGGGCGGCCGCCUGACGAAGGACCUCUGUGUGCAGGAGUUCGAGGCCCUGCGGAGCUGCUUCGCCGCCGCGGCCUCCCCAGGGGACAAGAUGAAGCUUCGCUGUGUGAUUACUGGUUGGAAGAAUUUAAGUGCAAGAUGAAGAUCAAACGUGCCAAGACGACCCCAAGGGGAGGCCUUUAGGAUGGACAAGCCUGCACUACAUUUGUGUUUGCUGCCCACAGCCUUGAGGGACAGACGCCUGAGACAUCUAAAGCUUUUAGAACUAAAAGGACUGCACGCUCAUCAGGGCAAGACGUGGGCAGAUGGGGGAUCUGGUUUUCUUGCCUCGUGUAUGUAAGGUUUCUGGUUAGAGUAAGAAACGACAAAGCAACAAUACAGACUGUGGCAGACCACGCCGGGUCUCUGUUCUUUU